AUGAAAGCCUACCUUAAAGGGCUACCUGCUGACAUGAUGAUUAUGGUUAGGAAUUCAAGAGCAACCACCCUCAGGGAGGCAAUCGAAGAAGCCAAGGUCUUGGAAUCAGUUUAUGCUAAGAUAAGGGAAGAAAGGAUGUCGAGUGGGGAGAAGAGGAGGUGGGAAGGGCCCUACGCACCAUCCAAAAAGCCAAACCACUUUGGCAACAGCAAUCGCGGAGCUCAUCUCAAUCAAGAGACAAGAUGGUGUCCCAAGUGUCGCAGCAAACAUCACGGCCCAUGUAGCACCAAUCCUACCCCCACCAAAUGCUUUAAGUGUGGGAAAGCAGGCCACGCACGAAAUGAGUGUUCGACCAAGGGACCCAUAUGUUUUGGAUGCGGAGAGCUAGGUCACUUCAAGAGUGAUUGCCCGAAGUUGAAGGCGGGAGGGGGUCARUCAAGAAAAGAAAUUACUYCGAGAACAGCAGGCCGAGCCUUUCAGAUGACAAYGGAAGAAGCUAAAGCAUCKGCGGAUGUGGUGUCGGGUACGUUCCUUGUUAACUYCGUACCUGCACAUGUGCUUUUCGAUUCGGGUGCUUCAUGUUCUUUUGUGUCCAAUGCAUUUUAUCAACRUUUGYGSAUGCCCUCUAGUGCACUAGAAGAUGCCCUGAUCGUAGAGAUAGCGAAUGGUAGUAGAGUGCUAGUGCGUGAGGUCGUUAGGGGUUGCGUUUUGGAAAUUGAGGGAAAGGAGAUUCCGGUAGAUCUUAUACCCAUGACUAUCGGCGGUUUUGACAUCAUAAUUGGGAUGGACUGGUUAGCGAAGAACCAAGCAKAAAUCGUAUGUUCUAAGAAAUUGAUUCGAAUCCCUUUACCGGACGGGAAUGCAAUGCUGGUUUUCGGAUAG